UCUUUCAUCUAUUCAAGCGUGUCCCUGGGUCGACCUGUUCCUCUGCGUGUUGUGAAUAGGCUGUCAUGUCCCGUUGUCUCGCUCUAGCCCGGUUCGCACUCGGUUCUUCUCAGAAACCCAAUUCACGGUUACUGUCAUGUGCACGGGGACUGAACAACCGAAGUGUCUCGCGCCCCUUGACCGGAGGCUUGCAGGUUGGACAGCUGCAGAGGUGCAGCGGUCGAUCUUUCUUGCGGAGGCUGCCAUCGUCCUGUCAGAGCUUCAGCCAGCAAUGUUACUACAGCACACAGGAGGUGGAGAAAGAGCCAGAGAAAGAGUCAGAGGAGGAGCCUCUACACACCAUCAUCAGUGAUACAGAGUCUGUGCAAGGUAGUUUCUCUAAACAUGAAUUUCAAGCUGAAACUAAAAAACUUCUGGAUAUUGUUGCCAGGUCCUUGUACUCAGAAAAGGAGGUGUUCAUCAGAGAGCUGAUAUCUAAUGGCAGCGAUGCUCUUGAGAAGCUGCGGCACAAAAUGAUCACAUCUAGCAGAGAAUUGGCACCAAUGGAGAUCCACCUGCAGACUGAUGCUGCGAAAGGAACUUUUACCAUCCAGGAUACUGGAGUUGGUAUGAACAAUGAGGAGCUGGUGGCUAACCUGGGUACCAUCGCCCGCUCAGGUUCUAAGGCGUUCUUGGAUGCUCUGCAGAACCAAGCAGAGGCCAGCAGCACCAUCAUUGGUCAGUUUGGAGUCGGGUUCUACUCUGCCUUCAUGGUGGCCGACCAUGUGGACGUCUUCACCCGCUCUGCAGAGCCUGAUGCACCUGGAUACAAGUGGUCCUCAGAUGGCUCUGGAGUUUUUGAGAUCGCUGAAGCCAGUGGUGUUCAGCAGGGAACAAAAAUUGUACUGCACCUCAAAGAGGAUUGCAAAGAGUUUUCUUCUGAGGACAGAGUUAAAGAGGUUGUAACAAAGUACAGCAACUUUGUCAGCUUCCCCAUCUUCCUGAAUGGUCGGAGGCUCAACACUCUUCAGGCCUUGUGGAUGAUGGAUCCUAAGGAGAUCAGUGACUGGCAGCAUGAAGAGUUUUAUCGUUACAUCGCUCAGGCCUACGACAAGCCCCGCUACACGCUGCACUACCGUGCUGACGCCCCUCUCAACAUCCGAAGCAUCUUUUAUGUGCCUGAGUCGAAGCCGGACAUGUUUGACAUGAGCAGGGAGAUGGGCUCRAGUGUGGCUCUGUACAGCAGGAAAGUCCUGAUACAAACCAAAGCCACUGACAUCCUGCCCAAGUGGCUGCGCUUCCUGAAAGGUGUUGUGGACAGUGAAGAUAUCCCUUUGAACCUGAGCAGAGAAUUGCUACAAGAAAGUGCCCUCAUCAGGAAGCUUCGUGAUGUUCUGCAGCAGAGAGUGAUCCGCUUCCUGCUGGAGCAGAGCAGGAAGGAGCCCGAGAAGUACAGCAAGUUCUUUGAGGAUUACGGCCUCUUCGUCAGGGAGGGGAUCAUUACCGUCCAGGAACAAGACGUGAAGGAGGACAUUGGAAAGCUGCUGAGGUUCGAGUCGUCAGCUCUGCCGGCCGGUCAGCAGACCAACCUGAUUGAGUACGGUUCUCGCAUGAAGGCCGGCACGCGCAACAUCUACUACCUGUGCGCUCCUAACAGACACCUGGCAGAGCACUCCCCGUACUACGAGGCCAUGAAGAAGAAGGACAUGGAGGUCCUGUUCUGCUACGAGCAGUUUGACGAGCUCACCCUGCUCCACCUCAGGGAGUUCGACAAGAAGAAGCUGAUCUCAGUGGAGACCGACAUCGUGGUGGAUCACUACAAGGAGGAGAAGUUUGAGGACGCCAAGCCAGCAUCGGAGCGUCUGACGCAGGAGCAGGCGGAUGACCUGAUCGCCUGGAUGAAGAACGUUUUAGGGCCGAGAGUCUCCAACGUAAAGCUGACUCCUCGUCUGGACACCCAUCCUGCGAUGAUAACUGUGCUGGAAAUGGGCGCAGCACGGCACUUCCUGCGCACCCAGCAGCUGUCCCGCUCUGCUGAGGAGAGAGCUCAGAUCCUGCAGCCCACGCUGGAGAUCAACGCAGGACACGAUCUGGUCAAGAAGAUGUACGAGCUGAAGGACACAAACUCUGAAUUAGCUGGACUGUUACUGGACCAGAUUUAUGACAACGCCAUGAUCACUGCAGGACUGAACGAUGAUCCUCGACCGAUGAUUUCCCGCCUAAAUGAUCUCCUGACUAAAGCUUUGGAGAAGCACUGAUUGCUUCAUGCAGACUGGUUUAAGGUUAGCAGGGACCUGUCGACGGAAGCUGCAGGUCCUUUUUCCACACCAAGAGGAGCACUUCACUCCUGCUGAGGUAGUGCACGGCUGGAUUAAAACAGGAAAUAAUGGAAUGACAAUGAGCUGCUGUACGCUUCUCCAUCCACACAGUUCAUCUUUCUGUUGUCUUUUUAAGUUUGCAGCCUUUUUUCAGUGACUUUUUCCUUCCAGUCCUACCUGGACAUGUGAGAAUAACUUGAUCUAAACUUAUCUAAAACAUUUUAGACUAUAGUUACUGGGAGCUAAACAUGUUUUAAAUGUGGACAGUUGUCACUCCAACCUGGAUACUAGUAAACUUAUUAAAGAAAACACCAGAUGUAGCCAGAARAAAACAUUUUUUUUACUGCUUUUCCAAAGUUUGUCUGUUUUGAAGAUCAAAACAAGAAACUUCCACUUAAAGACAUCCGUCCUUUGACUGCAUCGAGCUGAUAUUUUCUUUAGUGAAGCACAGAUAUAAGGCCAUGAGUUCCAGCUUCCCAGCACUGUCAGUCCAUUCAAAGCACAUCGGGGCGAACUGAGCCAUCAGCCCUACAGCUCAGGCUACAUUUCCCUUUGUGAGCCAUCCUCAAUGCCUCAUCUUCUGACCGGUGGAACGCAUCAGAUGUGCUUCAAAGUGUCAGGAAAGCUUGUCUAUGUUGGCUAAGAAGCGCUGAGCCCACCAUUCAUCCAGAUCUAUGGGAAUGAAGCCUGAGGAGGAAGAGGAUGUAAGGUCAAAAAUAAAGAAGUGCUGACA